CAGGUGGCGAAUCUCUGAGAAAGAGCCAAUCUAAUUUUUUGAUGGCAUCAUGAUUUUUUUAAUUCAUUACUGUACUAUCGUACUACUGUAUUGAUUAUUUGACGUACGACGAGUUUACUAGUAAUCGGACCCUUACUCAUUUUCGUUUUCAACCAACACAUCCAACAUUGCUUUACGGUGGAGUAUCGGUACGUCGUGUUCUCUGUGACAAUCUUACAUCUGAACAUCAAUUGAGAUACGAUUGCGAUACAUUCUGCUUCAAAGUCCCCCAAUACCUAUCACUCGUCGACACAAUUAGAGAGUGCAAGUGAUAACCAACAAAAUGAAGAAUGCGUUCACUUUACAGCUUGCCGUGUCCCUGAUAGCAGCGAUAUUGGUUUUGGAGAAGUCAGAUAUCAAAGUUGAAGGCUUUUCAAUCGGCUCUCGUACAACGGUGCCCCUAAGGCCCUCUUCGUCACUUUUACUGAAGACGCGUCAGCCUUCGUCAGGAAAUAUCGCAACGCGUCCUCCGUCCCUUUUCAGAGUAAAAGAUGCUAAGUCUGAGGAUACCAAAGACGUCGUGAACGAGAAUGGUAUGAACAAUUUCCAAGGGAUUUGCAAGAUGGCAGCAACCAAAUGCGCAACUCAAUUUGUUCGGUUUUGGUUCAAAUCUCGACGAUCAGUCCUUACCAUUUGCGGUGCAUUGAUGUUUUGGAUUGGUGCUGCCGGAGUUCACACACCGGCUUCGCAGGCAUCUUCCGUGUCGUCUUCUAUGACGAAGAACAUAUUCUCAUCUUCCCUGGAUCAAAUGGUGGACAGUUACGUCAAAGGACACAUGUUCGACGAUGAUGCAUACGAUCCAGUUGAAUCAAUUUAUAAGGAGGCGAUGAAUGAUAGACUCGAAGGGACGCACCCGAGAGAUCUGAAGGAAACCACAUCCUCUGUUCUUGGUCAAGAUGUUAUCAAGGCCGAAAGGAAGGGAUCCGGAAGUGGAGUCAGUGGUUUAUUAAUGAAAAGUGUCGGCCUUCUCCAAAAGCAAGGACUUUCCGAAAUGCAAGCUAUCGGCCUCCUUGCAGGGACCAUUGUUUUCGGAUUUCCAGCAGCUGUAUUAGGCCUCGGUAUGCAAAUUGGAAAUCGAAGCAGGCGUUCGAUGAAUAAGGUGAUGAAAAAUCGCUACGGGGAAACGUACUCAGUCGAUGCUACAGAGAAGGUAGAAGACGAUGUUGAUAUUCCUGAUGACGACGACGACGACGACGACGAGGAAUAAAAAAUAGGUGCCCAAUACUAGAGGAAAAGUUAUUUUACCUGUUGAUACUAUUUUUUUUCACUUAGGACGAUAAGGAGCUAACAGCCCGCAGUCUGUUUUAGAUUGGCCAUCAUGUCGUCAAUAUCCUUCUGUUUAUUUUUUGUGUAAAACGUCACUGGUCCGAGAUGUUUUCGUUGUGGACUUCUAUCCAAGUAGAAGGCUCCGCUUUCUAGUUCGGAACCUUUCUCACCCAUUAACCAUGCGAUGCCCUCUGAUCCUUGCCAUGUUGUUCGCAUGGGUUCCAAAUACUUUUUGUUGUCACCAUAUGCUUGAUCAACAGCCGGCGUAAGCGUCCAGCCGGGAUGGCAAGAAACAGUUUUUAUUCCUGGAUACAUUUUUGCGUACUCCUCGGCAAGAAGAACUUGCCCCCGUUUCGCAUAAGCAUAUGCUAGAUUUCCGCUGUAUUCAUGCGUCGAACCUUUUGAGUUUGUUGCUGUUGCCCAAUCAGGAAAUGGAACAUUGUACAUUCCCCCAGAGCUAACGAAAAUAAUCCUUGGAUCUUCUGCCGCUUUAAAUUGAGGAAUGAGCAAUUGAGAAAGCAAGUACGACCCUCCCAAAAGAUGAGAGGCAAAUGUAACUUCAUUCCCCUCUUUCGUUGUUUGUUUUUCAUUUAACAAAACUCCACCGUUACA